AUGAUAAGGACUGAGGAAGUCAUUAAUAUUCUCGUCAAGUCAUACAAGUCAUCUGGGACUUUCCAGAAAGUUCAACAAUUGGUAUCUAAGAUAUACCAACAGGCAAGAGGUUCAAUGCUGAUGUUUGUUGCGGCUUUUCUGACUUUUAUGGCAAUUGGUGGAUUUCCUUCUUUUCUUAAGGAUAUGAAGAUCUUUGGGCGUGAAAGAUUGAAUGGGCACUAUGGAGUUGGCGCAUAUGUGAUUGGAAACACGUUGUCUUCCAUUCCUUACUUGCUUAUCAUCUCAUUAAUUCCUGGAGCAAUAGCUUAUUUCCUUGUUGGCCUUCAAAAGAGUUUUGAACACUUUGUCUACUUUGCAUUGGUCCUCUUUGUGUGCAUGAUGUUGGUUGAAAGCCUAAUGAUGAUCGUUGCGAGUAUAGUGCCAGAUUUCCUCAUGGGUAUCAUUACUGGAGCUGGAAUACAAGGUGUGAUGAUGCUAAAUGGAGGUUUCUUUCGACUACCAAAUGAUCUUCCUAAACCUUUUUGGAGAUACCCAAUGUACUAUAUUGCAUUCCAUAAGUAUGCCAACCAAGGAUUCUACAAGAAUGAGUUUGAAGGAUUAACAUUUCCUAAUAACCAAGUCGGUGGUUCACCUUCCAUUACUGGUGAAGAAAUCUUGCGAAAUACUUGGCAGGUAGAAAUGGGCUACUCCAAGUGGAUUGAUCUUGCUAUCUUGUUGGGGAUGGUGGUUUUAUAUCGGCUUAUGUUUUUGGGCAUUGUAAAGAUUGUCGAAAAGGUUAAGCCGGUUGUUAAAGCUCUUUGA